CUCAGUGGCAACGGCAGGGACGCGCCUUGCAGAGUGGGAGGGCUUAGGAUUUAGCAGGGCGGCUUCCGGAAGGCGGAGCUCGGAGAGCAUUUCCUUUCUCCGAUCCUCCGCAGGUUGCGGGCUGGUUGCGGCCCUGCUGCACCCGCGAGUGGAGGCCGCGUGCCCGGGUCCUCGCAGCUCGGCCGCGGCAUGGGCGGCGCGCGGGACGUGGGCUGGGUAGCUGCCGGCCUGGUGCUCGGCGCCGGCGCCUGCUACUGCAUCUACCGGCUCACGCUGGGCCAGCGGCGAGGCAGGCAGCGGCUGCGCCCUUCGCGGUCGGCAGAGGACCUAACCAAUGGUUCAUAUGAUGAUGUCUUAAAUGCUGAGCAACUUCAGAAACUUCUUUACCUGCUUGAGUCAACUGAGGAUCCUAUACUUAUUGAAAAAGCCUUGGUCACUGUGGGUAACAAUGCAGCCUUUUCAGCUAACCAAGCCAUUAUUCGUGAAUUGGGUGGUAUUCCAAUUGUUGGAAACAAAAUCAACUAUCUAAACCAAAGUAUUAAAGAGAAAGCUUUAAAUGCACUAAAUAACCUGAGUGUGAAUGUUGAAAAUCAAAUCAAGAUAAAGAUAUACAUCCAUCAAGUCUGUGAAGAUGUCUUCUCUGAUCCCCUGAACUCUGCUGUGCAGCUGGCUGGACUGAGGUUGUUAACAAACAUGACUGUUACCAAUGACCACCAGCACAUGCUGAGCAGCUACAUCAAUGACCUUUUCCACCUGCUACUGACUGGAGACGGAAGCACCAAGGUUCAGGUUUUGAAGCUGCUUUUGAAUUUGUCUGAAAAUCCAGCCAUGACAGAAGGACUACUCAGUGCCCAAGUGGAUUCUUCAUUCAUUUCCCUUUAUGAUGGGCAAAUAGCAAAGGAGAUUCUUCUUCGAGUGCUUACACUAUUUCAGAAUAUAAAUAACUGCCUCCAAUUACAAGGCUGUAUAACUAAUCACCCUCCUUUUCCUAAAGGGUCAUUGUUUUUCUUGUUAUAUGGAGAAAAAUGUACCCAAAAAAUGAGAGCUUUAGCUUAUCAUCAUGAUGCGGACGUGAAGGAGAAGGUUUUAACAUUAAUGCCUGCAUUCUAAUUGGUUGCUCAUAUUGUUUUUCUAAGAGUAAUGCAGUCUGUAAGUUAACACACAGAAACUUAAAAUGUUCUAUCUUUCUUUAAAAGGAUUGUUUCAGCUGCUGAAUUUGUGCAGUAAAAGUCACAUUUUGUCUUCAGUGCAGCUCAGAAUGAGCAUCUAUAAUUCGACAUGAUUAAAGUUAGGGGUUUUGAAACAUUUCAUAUUUGGGGUUUGGGGUUAGGUGUGCUCAACCACCAAAGAGUGCAGAUAUUCAGUUUGGAAAACUCACAGGACCCAAAACACGUCUGCUGCCAGAUAUUUAGUCAAGACCUCAGCCUCAUUUGCUGUGCUCCUCAGGUUUAUUUUGGACCAUUUUACUGACGAAUAUGAGAUUAUACUAAAACUCAGUAUUUACUGAGACAUGUAACAAUGUCUUCACAUGAAAUGAGUGACCUUUUUAUGUAUGAUCCUUCUAACUCCUGGAAGUGACUUGCAGUUGUUAUCUGAGACAACAUUAGCAGGAAUCAAGUUGGAUGUUCUAGAGCUGCCACAAAAAAAGCCUUGUGCUUUCAAUGCAGUGAUUUCCUGAGUACUCAAGUCUACCUGCCAACCGUACCAUACUGCUUUUAAAUGUUUUAAUCAUCAGAAUCUAUUUUCUUCACUUCCAAUCAGAAAGAAAUGCAAGCUUUUCAGGGGACAUGUCUCUUAGUACUCACCUCGGUUAGCAUGCUGAUGUAUAAAGAUGCUAUGUAUAAAAUACUGGAGAGCAAAGUGUCCCAUCAGCAGGCAGCUGGUUAACUCAAUUAGCCACUCUUUUAAAAGGACUGAAGUGAACCUAACUGUACUGAUAGAGAAAUAUACCCACAGAAUAGUUGUUUUUAAAAGUACAUUGUAAAGGAGUAUGUGCAGUAUGAUCCCAUGUGUGGCUUUUUUAUGAUGAGAAACACAUUUAUAUAUAGAUAUUUCUAGAAUGAUACUCAAAAUUUGUGGGUGUGGGACUGGGGCAUAGGCACGUGGCUUUUCUAUGUAUACCUAUUUCUAUUUGAACUUGUUUUUACUGAGCAUAAAUUGUAUCUUUUUAAUAAAACAGAAAAAAAUUACAAAGCUGUA